GGCGAGGUCACCCCCCAAUCAACGCAGUCAAGAGACCGGCCACGUGUACGUGGAGACGGACUCCCCACUCUCUCCCGAGUUGACUUUAGAGCCACUGACCGGGAAAAUAAAAGUCCCACAAAUCGGCCUGUACGACGGAACGUCGGACCCAGACGCCCACCUCGGGCAUUACACUUCAUGGAUGGAUCUACACGGGGCCACCGACGACCUCAGGUGCCGCAUGUUCUCCCUAACUCUGGGGCCAAAGGCACAGAAGUGGUACUACUCGCUGCCUGCGCAAUCUAUCCGACGCUGGGUUCAACUCAGGUCGGCGUUCCGCUCCCAUUUCAUCGGAGCGCAAGUUUGCUUGAUCCCAAAGGAGUCGAUCACGAACAUCGUCCAGAAGGACGACGAGAGCUUGAAGGAGUAUGUUGCCCGUUUCAACGAGCGUGUGCAAAACAUGGAGCCAUGCCAUCCUGAAACACUCUUGGUGAGCGCUAUUUCAGGGCUGAAGCCGAAGUCGAUGUUCAGGUGGGCGUUGUGCCAAAACAAGCCCAGUACCUUCCAGGAAUUUUUGGUCCGGGCACAAAACCACAUAAUUGCCGAGGAAAGCAUGUCGGUCCCGGAUUUCACGUUCGCAUCCCCGGGACAAAAACCGACGUCGGAAAAGAAGAAGAAGUCUUUUGGCAACACGCACAAGAAGACCUCCUCCACGGACCCGCGGUGGGGGGAUCCGAACGACCCCGAGGUGCGAGCAGCUCGGAAACAAUACCGGGAAGACCUGAAAGAAGGAUACCGAUAUAUCUACUCGGUUGGAGCGGCCGCCAUUUACGAGGAAAUAAAGGGAAAGGGAAUCAUUCCCGACGCUCGACCAGUCAAAACCCCGGAGAACCAACUCGACAAGGGCCGCUACUGCGACUACCACAAGUCGCCGGGUCACAAUACAGACGACUGCCUGAGCCUGUUGUCGGCUCUGAUGAAGCUCAUCGGAAAUCCACAAGUGAGGAAAUUCACCAAGGCUGGAGAUAACAAGGGAAAACGAAGAAUGCAGGAAAUCCCCGACGAUGACGAAGGAGAUGAAGGGGCACCGACUUUCAAGAGGCUUCGAGCCCAGGGAGAUAAGGAAAUCUUUGUGAUCGGACCAGCGGACGUCGGUUCGCCCCAAGACCAACAUAGGAAGAGGGGCCGAGAAGCCGACGCCCAGCCACGAUCCAGCCAGACCCCUCCGACCUCGGGACGGUCGAGUCCUAUUCCCCGAGUUAAUACAAACCGAGAUACACCGACUUCAUCCAGAAGGCAGGCCAAGGCUUAUGCGCGAAAGGCCUACAACUCGGGGAAGCAAGUCAUGACCUCGGAUCUUAGAGAAACGAUCAAUGCCCGCACCUGCCCGAUCACUUUUACGUUGGAGGACGCAAGUCUGUUCGAUCAUCCACACUCGGACGCACUCAUAAUCACAGCCCCCAUCUGCGGAAUUCCUCUCCGAAUAGGAGCCCGCUUGCCCGAACCACUCAGAACUCAGUUAAUACAAUUCCUUCGAGCAAAUGCCGACGUCUUCGCCUGGAAGCACGAGGACAUGAAGGGGAUCGACCCGAAAGUCGCUUGCCACCGGCUCAAUAUCGACAAAACGGUGAAGCCGGUCAUUCAGAAGAGGAGGAAACUCGGCCCCGACCGACAACUGGCCCUCGAGGAGAAGGUGAAUAAGCUGGUUGAUAAUAAAUUCGUCAAAGAAACCAAGUACCCGACCUGGGUAUCUAAUCCCGUUCUGGUCAAGAAAGCCAGCGGCGCGUGGCGACUGUGUAUAGACUUCUCCGACCUCAACAAAGCUUGCCCAAAGGACAGUUACCCCCUGCCACACAUAGAUUACAUGGUCGACACAACCUCGGGCCACGAACUCAUGAGCUUCAUGGACGCCUACUCGGGCUACAACCAGAUUCCAAUGGACCCGGAGGAAGCGGAGCACACCUCGUUCUAUUCGGCUCGGGGGCUAUAUUGCUAUACGAUGAUGCCAUUUGGACUGAAGAACGCAGGGGCCACCUAUCAACGGUUGGUUAACAAGAUGUUUUCUAGGUUGAUAGGACAGACCAUGGAAGUCUAUGUUGAUGAUAUGUUAGUGAAGUCGGUUGUAGCAGAUGACCAUGUACGCGAUUACUCCAUGGUGUUGAAUCCGAAGAAAUGCACCUUCGGGGUAAAGUCGGGAAAAUUCUUGGGCUAUAUGGUUAGCCAAAGGGGGAUCGAAGCAAACCCAACAAAGAUCCAAGCGAUACUCGACCUCAGACCCCCCACCUCGGUGAAGGGAGUGCAGAGUUUAACAGGUAGGCUAGCGGCCCUGAAUCGAUUCAUUUCGAAGUCGACCGACCGCUGCAAGCCAUUCUUUGACGCAAUCAAGAAAGGGAAGAAGUUCGAAUGGACCGACGAAUGUCAGAAAUCCCUCGACAAUAUCAAAGACACGCUGGGCCGACCUCCGGUCUUACAGAAACCGAAGCCUGAUGAAGUGCUGUAUUUAUACCUCAGUGUAAGCAACUCGGCAGUCAGCGCUGUACUCAUAAGAGAAGAGGAGACAUGUCAACACCCGAUCUACUACGUGAGCAAAGCGUUACACGACGCCGAGCUCAGAUACCCGCCAAUGGAGAAGUUGGCUUACGCUCUUGUCAUCGCUGCAAGAAAACUCCGACCAUAUUUCCAGGAACAUUCAGUCACCGUCUUGACGGCCCAUCCGUUGAGGCAAGUCCUGCACAGACCAGACACCUCGGGGCGAAUGAUCAAAUGGGCC